CCUUGGAGACGGGCGACACGUGAUGUGUCUACUUAUCAGGGUUUGAGAGAGAGAGAGAGAGAGAGAGAGGGAGAGCGAGCGAGCGAGCGAGAGAGAGAGAGAGACGGAGAGGAGAUACAGAGAGGAGAGAGAGUCGAAAUAAGUGAGACUUUUUUAGCCCGGAGUCUCUCAACUCUUUCCUCCCAUCUUCCUCGUUCGAGAAGAAGACGGGAAACGAGGAAAGUAGGGAGUUGGCGAACUUUGCACAUCCUCAGAAACGCCAUUUUGAUUCCUCUCCGGAACAAGUUUUGCAGUUUUUUUUUUUUUUUUCCCCUCUUCUCAGUCCAUCAUCACUACUCACCAUCAUCACCACCAUGUCUCGGCGCAAGCAGCCCAACCCCAACAAAGUCAAGCAGAUGGAAGGCGCUUCCGAAGACAAGCGGCCAGGCGACACUGUCAGCGCGGCGCUGAGCACGGACACGGAGGAGCAGUCGGAGGAGAAGGAGGAGCAGCCCUCCAGUCAGACCCAAGAGGAGGAGGAGAACGGAGGUAAGGACGGCGAGCCCACGAAGCAUCCCGGGGAAGGGGAGGACCGGGUGGAGCUGUCCUCCAUCAACUCCAUGCUGUCUGCCGUGAUGAACGCCAGCCAGCUCAAUGGACAGCUCAGCUCCGCCUCCACCACACCCCCCAAGACACCUGUCAAGUCUCCCGGCCCGAGUCGCGUGGGGAGACGGAACCAGGAUGGGAAGGAGGAGCGUUCAUCCUUCAUCUGUCCCCUGUGUGAGAAGAACUGCCUGACCCAGCACCAGCUCACCAUGCACAUCCGACAGCACAACGCGGACAACGGGAGCACGGACCACUCCUGCAGCAUCUGCGGGAAGGCCUUGAGCUCAGCCAGCUCGCUGGAUCGCCACAUGUUGGUGCACAGCGGAGAGCGGCCGUACAAGUGCUCCGUGUGCGGGCAGACCUUCACCACCAACGGCAACAUGCACAGGCACAUGAAGAUCCAUGACAAAGACCCCAGCAGCGCCGUGAACUGCAGCCCCCCGUCUCCCACCAAGCGCCGAAGACCCUCGGCGAAGAGGAAACCCAGCCUGGAAGAUGAGGCAGAGCGAGGGGACGAGCCGCCUAACAAGAAGAGUUCAGAGGACAACCUAUCGGAGAAGGACGGCACCAAAGGUGAGGACGAGUUGGUCCACUGCCCCAUCUGCUUCAUGACAUCCAUCCCCAAGAACGAGCUGGAGUCGCACAUGGAGACGCACCCGGACGCCUCGCUCAGGUGCGACAUGUGCUGCGUCACCUUCCGCACCCACCGCGGCCUCCUGCGCCACAACGCCGCCAUCCACAAGCAGCUCCCCACUGACCCCGCUGGGCGCCCCUUCAUCCAGAACAACCCAUCCAUCCCCCUGGGCUUCAACGACCUGGCCUUCAUCGACUUCUCCUGCCGCAAGUUUCCCCAGAUUGCCCAGGUCUGGUGCGAGACGAAUCUGCGACGGUGUUCCAGCAAGUUCCAUCGCUUUGUCUGCGACACCUGCAACAAGGCCUUCCCUCUGCAGUCCGCCUUGGACCUGCACGCAGCCACUCACGGCGCCGAGGGCGCGGCACAAGAGGAAGCCACGCCCGUGUCGCAGAAGGACGUGCCGCCCACCGAGGAGAAGGCCAGCUUCAUGGAGUCGCUGGGCUUGAAACGUGUCUCGGAGGUGAAGCCACCCCCCACAGAGGACGAAACUUUACAGGCCACACUGGACAGCAUCCGCUUCAUCCGCGUGGAGCCAUCCAUGUCCAGCCUACCUCAGGAGGCCAAUGGAAUCAGUCUUCCCCUGUUGGACCCAGCCUCGCUCCAAAGCCUGUCCCAGGUGGGAACCCUGAGCUUUCUGUCAUUGCAACCCUUCCAGCAGGGUUUCAUCGUGCAGCCCGACAACAGUGUGGUGGUCAAGCCCAUCAGCGGCGAGAGCACCGUGGAGCUCGCCGACAUACAGCAGAUAUUGAAAAUGGCAUCCUCUGCCCCCAACCAGUUCACCCUGCCGCCCCUCUCUAAGGCCCCAUGCAACCCCACGCAGACCAGCUGCAAGCAGAUGCCUCCACUUAAACCAAAGCCUCUGGUGGCGCCACGUACCAGCAUGACUGCCUCCACACCGCCACCUCUCAUGAACACCCAGCAGGCCUCAUCCUGCUGCCUCAGCCCCAGCCUGCCUCCUCCAGCCAACCAGCUACUCAGGACCCCCGAGGAAUCCUCUUCCUCCUCCUCCUCCUCCUCCUCCUCCUGUAGUCAAGACAUGGAGAAGGCUCAGCUGGAGGGAGAUCCCACAAUGCCUGUGGAGGCAGAAGAUCGGAAAAUGGCGCAGGAGGUGAAGGAGGCGGCCGCAGCGGGAGGGAAGAAGGGGAGCUGCAAAGGCACUUACCCGUGCCGUUUUUGCGACCAAUCCUUCCCUUCCUCCGCAGUCCUUCAGACUCACAUGCGCUUCCACCUGGGCGCCUCGUCCUACCAGUGCACUAUCUGUGAAUAUGCCGCCCCCGAUAAGGCCACGCUGAUCAGGCACCUGCGCACCCACAGCGGCGAGAGGCCGUACGUUUGCCGCGUUUGCCACUACCCGUUCACCGUCAAGGCCAACUGUGAGCGUCACCUGCGCAAGAAGCACAUGAAGACCAUCCGCAAGGACAUCGAGAAAAAUAUAGAGUACGUGUCCACUGGCCCCGGCAGCCUCGACACCACCCUGGACUCGCUGGACUCCUCGGGUGGCCAGACGGUGUGCAGCUUCUGCGGCGAGGACCUGAAGAGCUACAGGGCCUUGCAGAUCCACCUGCGUACCCACAACGGUUGCCAGCGCAAGCCCUUCGAGUGUGGCCGAUGUGGGGCGGCGUUCUUGGCCAAGCGGAACUGCAUCCACCACUUGUUGAAGCAGCACCCAGAGGUGCAGGAGCGAGAGAUUGAGAACUACAUCUCCAGCUCGCUGCCCAGUGCCGCCGCCUCUGUGUCCCAGCCGUGCGAAACUCCCCAGAACGGAUUGCUCAGCCAGCCUGUCAAGGUGGAGGACUUGAGCUUCUAUGCGAGUGACCCAGACCAGCCGCUGGACUUCUCCAGUAAGGGUCAAGGGAAGAGUGGAGCCGUUGGGGACUCCUGUGGCAUCAAGCAGGAGAGACUCCAUUCUCCGCAGGUCUCUCCUUACGACUGGUCCAUGGAACCCAUUGACCUCUCCAUCCCCAAGAACCCUGAGAAGAAGCUGACGAAAAACAUCGCUGCAGCCUCCCUCCCUGUGCCAGCAGUGGAGAUCAAGAAGGAGCAGCUGUCCCCCAACACCGACCACAUUUGUCCCCACGACAAGUUUUUGGAAGAGAAGCCCCGACCCCUUGCCCCCUACCACAUUCCUAUUCUGCCUUCUCCCAGCAAUGGCCCCCUGAAUGCCAGCAGAGCUGCAAGGCUGAAGCCUCUGCUUCCCAAACCAAGCUCAACAGCCUCCACCUCCAGCAAGGAGCUUCCGCCUCUGGCCUCCAUUGCACAGAUCAUCUCGUCUGUGUCGGCCGCCCCUGUGCUGCUCAAGAGGGAGAGCACUCCCAGCAAUCCCUGCGGCGUCAAAGGGCUCCAGGUGGACGCGGAACCGGUCGGCAAACACCAGUCCGCAGGCGCGGGUAGCCCUGGCACCACCUCCACAGAUGAGUCCCAGGACAGCUGCAAAAAGAGGGGCAAAAAGAGGCCCCAUCCCACCAGGGACCAACCCGAGAACAGCCUGGCGGAGUCGGGUGCGGCCGGCGGCGUUGACCUGGAGUCCAGCGGAGAGUUCGCAAGCGUAGAGAAGAUGCUGGCCACCACCGAUGCCAACAAGUUCAGCCCCUACCUGCAGCCCAGCAGGGUGGCACCCGCGAAGGAGGAGCACGAGAGGCCCUCGACCAGCGAGGACGAGAAGGACGGCCAGGACGACAAGCAGAGGCUGCGGCCGCAGACCAAGGGGAAGAAGAACGCGUACUCCAACUCGCUGCAGAAGAUGACGUGUCCCUACUGUCCGCGCGUCUUCCCCUGGGCCAGCUCCUUGCAGAGACACAUGCUCACGCACACAGGUCAAAAGCCGUACCCCUGCCCCCAGUGCGACGCCUUCUUCUCCACCAAGUCCAACUGCGAGCGCCACCUGCUGCGCAAGCAUGGCAUCGCCAACCGCACGCUGCGCCACAACGGAGCUGCCGCCAAGCCCAAGGCGGACGAGGCCUCACCUGAGAGCGCAGAGAGCACGUCAGACACCGAGCCUGCUGCGGGAGAAGCUCUGGACCUGAGUGCCAACGACCCGAAGCAAGCGAACGCCGAUUCGAAGCAGCCCGUCUCGGAGGGGGAGACGCCUGCCCCGGAGCAGCCCGGACACCAGGGGGAGCCGGAGAGAAACGGAGAAUGCGGCGGAUCAGAGGGCGGCGAGAGCCACCCUGAGGAACGCGACGACGACUCCCAGAGCAACAAAAGCCUGGACCUGAACUUUGGCAGAAAGCUGAUGGACUUCAAAUUCUCAGAGGGAGGAGAGCAGCAGCAGGCGGCCGCAGGGUGCGCCUUGGCCCCGGAGACCAGCACGCAGGAGGAGUCCCAGCUCAGCUGCGGGAGCUGCGGGAAGCACUUCCGGUUCGCCGCCACUCUGCUCCGGCACCAAAAGGCACACCUCCCCGAGAACCAGGAGGAGGAGAGCAGGAAGGCCGGCGAGCAGGUCUCCGGCACCCAGCCGGAGGAGGCGGCCGAGAGGGAGGAAAAAGAGAAGAAGGGAACGGCGGAGAGCGAGGAACACGGCAGCGGGGCGGACAGCGUGUCGGAGGAAGAGGAGCAUGACAAGGAGGAGAGGAGCGACGAGGAGGGCGGAGCCACAGAACCAAAGAGCGGCGAUGGGGAGCCUGGGAGCAAAGCGGACAAGAGGAAGAAGGUGUGCAGCGUGUGCAAUAAGCGCUUCUGGUCUCUGCAGGACCUCACCAGACACAUGCGCUCUCACACAGGGGAGAGGCCGUACAGGUGCCAGACCUGCGAUCGCACCUUCACCCUGAAGCACAGCCUGGUGCGGCACCAGCGCAUCCACCAGAAGCCCAGAGGGGAGGACGAAAGAGGAGAAGGCGGAGCCUCUGGGGCCAACGGCACGACGGGCGAGGAGGAGGGGGCCAGCAGCCGCUCGAGCAGCGAGAGCGAGUCCGUGCCGCGUAGCGCCAGCCCCGCCUCCGAGAACGAGGGCGAGGCAGCGAGGGUGGAGCCGGCUGGAGAGGGGGCGGAGCCAACCGGCCCGGCAGGGGAGGAGCUCCUCCAGGCAAGGGAUCCCACCCAGUCCCCGGAGGAACCCCUAACAGAGCCCUCUGCCCAAGAGGCCGCGGGCGCUCCCACGGAGCCGUCGGGAGACUACAUCGAGGGCUUGCUGAAGAUCCACAGCAGCGCACCCCUGGAGCACAUCCUUCCCGCAGGCGAAGCCCAGAUGGUGGGCGUCGAGUGAUGAAGAGGAGCACUGUGACAGACUGGCCCAAGAGGAGCCAGAACCAGCACCAGAACCAGUGCCAUACAACAAGUACCUUCUAAUGCAACAAACUGUACAAAAGAAGAAACCAAGAACACCAUGUUUCUUAGUGCCUUACUACUAUAUUUUGCUAUAUAUGUGGAUCAAGACGUAUUUCUUGGGCAACAUUGUUAUUACGUAGCAUUUUUAUUGUAAUUAUUUUUUCUUGACAAUUUAAAAUGUUGAUGAAAUCAAGCAUUUAGUGAUUUUGACUUGUAUUUGCAUUUGUGGAGGCUGACGGAAAAAUGCUAACAAAUGACACAUCUGGAGCUGGGCGGGAAUUAAGGCUUGAAAAUGAUCAUGUAACUGGAAAACUGCACAGAAAUCAGUCACAGGGUCUCCAAAGGACAUCCCACCCUCCCCCUCACCCUCCCCUUACCUCAGCUGGACUGUCGAUUGAGGGACGUUGAGGACGUUUCCUGUCUCACGGAAGUGAAUGAAUAAGCUGGGCUGUGUUGUGCAAGAGAAUGUUCUAGAGUGAGAUGUAGCUGGGUCCUCCUUUUAAGUAGUUUUUUUUUGUUUCAACAAGAUGUUCUGUAUUCAGUCUGGUGAUUUCCCCCCCACCCCCCCCCAAGAGACAAAUAAUUUGUUUUAUGGUAUUUUUCUUUCCCUCCCCAACGAAGCUCUCGCCCUCAGUCUUCCAGCUGCGCUCACCCAACGGGGAUCUCCAGUGCUUUGGAGCCAUUUCAUUCUCGAGCAGCUGAUGGAUUCCAUACGCUGCUGCGCGAUACGGAGGAGACGCGUGUCUGCCGAGGGGGGUAUGGGCGGGACAGCCCGCCGACUCCCUGUCCUCUGACGUCUUCCCAACCCUUCCAAACCACGAGGCCUUAACGUGGGAAUCCUGGGUGAUCUGGACAGGCCUGGACUCUGAGAUGUUUCUGUGUCUACUUGAACGUUGUCACCCUGCUGUCCAUUACCCGGGUGCGGUACCACCCGUCCUGUUGCCUUCCGGAACCUCUGCCAGGAGGGAUCUGAUCUGAAUCACAAUCCCAGCUGAUGGGCUGGAUUUUGCUUUUUAUUACUGCUUUUUUGAUACUUUUUUAAAGGAACCUCAUAGACAGACAAAAAAAACCUCAGUGUGCAUAUAAAUAAUGUAGAAAAGAUGUUCCGAGGCUGAACGUCAACAGUUAUGAAAUGGAAAUGAGUCGCAUGUCCAGCCUAACGCUGGCAGUGUCUGGCACUAACCAAAACGGCCACAACCGCAAAGAGAGGCACCGUGAGACUGCAAAGGAUUAGAAACAAGUCGAGCUGCGAGCAAAAACAAGGCAGGAUGAACAACGCGUGGUUCCGGAACGCGCGAUGGGAAAGCUGGCGUUUGUGAUGGGACGUGAGCGACCGCAGCCCCGGUUGGCGACGCUGCCGUGAUUGCAACGGACCUCACAGAUGAGCAGCGGGAAUGCCGCUGGAGUUGUGGGCUCGAGUCUCGGGCACGUUCCCCAUCGAGCUCGGCACAAACGCUUAACUCUCCAUGGUCACUGAUUGAGGACAUAAAUGCAGUAUUGAGGUAAAAGACCCAGCUUUCCCAUCAGCCGUUCGACCUCACGUAUGAACGUGUGCGUGUGGGCGCGCACACAUAUAGAUUCCAAUUAGGAUUACAUACUGACUGAUUUAAAUAUAUUUAUUGAGGACCCAGAGUCUGGUGAGAAGUGACCUGAGAAGCCAUUUAUCACUUUUAUGCUGCAGAGAGAAAUCGGUAGAUCUCCAAUUGACAACCUGAGAUGCCUAUUAGCAAUAAUCACUAUUGAUUAUAAAGCUUUAUGUAGACGUUAAUCUAUGUUUGUAUGAAGUGUGGUUUCUUGUUAAUAUUAGUCUGACACAAAUAUAUAAAUAAAUUUAAAUAUAUAUUAAAAACUGUGAAAAGUAUGUUUUCAGCAAUGGGUGACACUUAGGGUAGGUUUGCAUGGUAAUUAAUUUUUUUCUGUUUUUCCUUUAAUCCUUUUUCUUUCUCAGGGCUUUUACAGAUUAUGCAUAUUCGAUAUUUUUAUCUUAACUAGCAAAAAUUCUUCCAGUUUGAUUUGUUUUAAUUCAAUCACUACAUUCAGCACUUGACUGUGAAUCCAGACAUGAGGGGAACAUACUGCGUUUUGAACUUAUUCAUACAGAAUGUCCCCACUGACAAUCUCAUUAAUAUUCAGCUGUAAUUGUGCCCGUUGAGCACACCUACUUUUUGCCACUUUCCGUUCCCCGUCUUCGAUGUGAGUGUGAAUCUGGGAUAUGUUAACCAAUGAGUCGACCCGUUGAAUUACUGUUGAAGUACUGACUAACUGUUCAAAGGGAAUAUGCUGCAUUGCUGCUCGAACCCACACCGCAACAGGUUAAGGACCUGCCAGGUCGUCUGGUACUCUACUGCUCAUCCACAUGACGUUGUAAAGUGCUUCAAAAAUGCAAGCUGUUGUGUACUGAAAUCAUUUAAACAAUAAAGGUAUAUUAAAGAA